GUCUGUCUUUGAGUAGUACAGCACAACAGCGUGCAGUAGUAAAGCACGGAAUGUGUUUUUUUUGCAAAUGUUGAUAUUCAUUAGAGUUUGCCAUCAUGGGGAAGCUUAAUGUGGUAAUGUUGCGGUACCUAUCGAGAGAUGAUUUCAGAGUUUUAACUGCCGUUGAAAUGGGUAUGAAGAAUCAUGACAUUGUUCCAGCUAGUUUGAUUGCUUCAAUUGCUAGUCUUAAACACGGGGGUUGCAACAAAAUCCUAAGGGAGCUGGUGAAACACAAGCUUUUGGCAUAUGAGCGAACAAAAACUGUACAGGGGUAUCAUUUAACAUAUGGAGGAUACGACUACCUGGCCUUGAAAACCCUUUCAUCUCGAGAUGUUGUUCUGUCUGUUGGAAAUCAGAUGGGUGUUGGCAAAGAAUCAGACAUCUAUAUUGUUGCAAAUGAAGACGAAAUUCAGCUUGCAUUAAAACUACACAGACUUGGUAGAACUUGUUUUCGUAAUCUGAAAAAUAAGCGAGAUUAUCACAAGCACAGGCACAAGAUGUCAUGGCUGUAUUUGUCUCGUCUGGCUGCUAUGAAGGAAUUUGCUUACAUGAAGGCUCUGUAUGACCGAGGUUUUCCUGUUCCACGGCCAGUAGACUACAACAGGCAUGCUGUGGUUAUGGAGCUUCUUAAUGGAUAUCCACUCUGCCAGGUCCAUCAAGUUGAAGACUCGUCUGCUAUGUACAGUGAGUGCAUGGAUUUGAUUGUGAAGCUGGCAAACCAUGGACUAAUUCAUGGAGAUUUUAAUGAGUUUAAUCUGAUGCUAGAUGAUGACGACCACAUCACAAUGAUAGAUUUCCCACAGAUGGUAUCUACUUCUCACCCAAAUGCUGAAUGGUAUUUUGACAGAGAUGUAAAAUGCAUUAGGGACUUUUUUUUGAGAAGAUUCGGCUAUGAAAGUGAGCUGUAUCCAACAUUCAAGGACAUCAGGAAGGAAUCCUGUCUGGAUGUGGAGAUUGAAGUCAGUGGCUAUACCAAGGAAAUGCAAGCAGAUGAUGAGCUGCUACAUCCAGCUGGUCCUGGACAGGAAGAACAUGAUGGUGAGGAUGGAUGUUUGACGUCCCAAGGGGACACUUCAUCUCAAGUCUCUAAUGUAUGUAGCAACCCAGAGGACAAAGUGAUUUGCAGCAGUACAACUGAAGAUGAUGUGCAGAGUACAGUUUGCAAAGGUCACACUCCAAAUACUGAAAUAAACAAUGAAUGUGAAGAAGAUAUAACCUUACAAGGUAUAGGCAUGAGUGAGUUCAAACAAGCUCUGCAGGAGCUUGAAGGGAAACCUUUUGCUUCAAAAGAUAAAGAUAAUACAAAAUGUACUGAAGCUGAUCUUUAUGGAGAUGAAGAGCAAAUCAGAAAUGCCACUAGCACAGAAGAUUGCAUAGGUCAGGAAGACAAAGUGGACUUUCUGCAGGAUGAGGAUGAGUGCCCAGGUCUUGUUUUCAUGGCUGCUGUUAACAAAGAAUUCAGACCUUUCAGAGAUGAGGAUAGCAUGCUGCAUGUUAAUGACCACAGAAGAAGAACAGCAAGUGUCACAUCUGUUGGAAGUUCUACAAUUCCACCAGUAAGGAAAAGCUUAGCGUAUCCUAUUUUUUAUGUCACACGUAUUGCUGUCGUAACAUAAUUUAUGGGGAUGUGU